GAGACGGCCUCCGCUGCGUACGGUCCUGUAACGAUCCUUCUCUCGUCCGUUUGCGAGAGCCCGAACGAAAAGUUUUCCCGACAGCCUUCGAGUUUCCGCUCUUUUAAGAUCGCCCAGCUUCGCAACUGCAGACUCUAACGCCAAUUUCCCCAAGUCUAUCGUUGAAUCGCCGUAUAGUGACCGACCGUCGUUGAAAAUCUAGUGUUUCGGUUCCAGUGAACCCUCCUCCUCAUUCCUCGGCAUUAAAUGGAAUACUUUCGCGUCUUCGCUUCUAGUUUGUGACAAUGUUAAUACGAAAUCGUAUUACUACUUGGUGCGCGCAGGCAAAUGGUGAAUCUAGUUCCGAGGAUUUUAGCAAAAGAUGUAAAAAUUUGACGUAAAAGAACGUCGUCGUCCCGAGAUGCCACGAGAAAAAGAAUACAUGAGACCUUCUGGACCACUGGCGUACGUGAUGGCCGGCUGGCCCUGGGCGGGCUUGCGGACCGUAUCGUUCGCCCGCUGCCUGCUUGCCCCCCUAGCAUCGCCGUUCUAUCGUUUCCUGGCCAGAUUUUCAGGAAGAAGACGAAGGAUAUCAUCGUAUCACAAGAAAUACCCGCCUCCUUGGCAUUUUUUAGUGUUACACUUAGUUCUAGUUUCAUCUUUAGUUAGUAUAGUAGAGGCGUGUUCGUCGCGCAGCACACCCAAGCCCCGCCCCCCGGCGCCCACGCCACGCCCCAAUAUAACAUUCCUAACCUACGAAUGCCCCCCUGCCUAUGCUGCUUGGUUCUGUCUCAACGGAGCUACUUGUUUCACGGUUAAAAUCGGAGACAGUCUGCUUUAUAAUUGCAUGUGUGCAGAGGGUUACCAAGGAUCCCGUUGUGAAUAUAAAGAUCUAGACGGAUCAUAUAUGCCAUCUCAACGCCGUUUUAUGCUCGAAACUGCCUCGAUAGCAGGGGGCGCAACGAUCGCCGUGUUCUCAGCUGUCAUUCUAUGUCUUGCCGCUUAUUUAAGAUGGCGCCGAAGCAAAAAAAGUGCCUCAACCGACCAAGUCGAUGGUGCACCCCAUCCCCGUCCCCAGCCAGUGUUUGGUGUUCGGCAUGCUCAAGGUCAUAAUUUGGUGCCCAUUAGGGGGGACAGCUUGAGUCCCCUAAGGGCUGUCCAAGUAAACAGCCACGGAACGUCUAGCCUAGACACUAUAGGAGGUAACAAUCUACCCCCUCGCGAACCCAAUUUGGUUCAUUUCCCCAGAGCGCAUGCUCAGAAUGCCAAUGAAGAGAUUCGCAUCCACGAUAGUACAUGUCUACCUCAGGACCGGGGGGAUCUAACUACGGCAUUACCGAGAGAAGCUCCUCCUUGGAACAAUUUAAAGUAGUAUCGAUAAAGGUGUUAAAAGAUAUCCUUUGAGAGUAGCACAAAAAUAAUUAAUAUACACAAGACGUUUGGAGGAAAACACUUCAUUCUAAUAGACUAACAUAACGUCUGUUUGAAUACUAAAUUUAUCAUAUUGUAAUAAAAGUAAUUUUUGAAAGUACCUAACGCAUUUUAAACAGUUUCUUCCUAUAAUGAAGUAGCCUUUCAAAGGAGAAUAAUUUAACACUGCUAUGAAAAUGCAAAAAAUUGAUAACAAACAACUUUUGCUUAGUGAUAUUAUUAAGAACUGUAUUGUUAGAAAAAUAUACAAGCACCUUGUUAUAUGCAGCUUUGCUAUAAUUAUUUUACCCGUAGCAAAUAAAGUUGUAAUUUUUUGUCAAUCCUUUUGGCAACUUUCCACUUUCCUAAAUGAUAUAAGGAAAAACAUUACAAAAAAAUGUUAGCUAACAUUUAUAAGUUUUAUUAUUUAAUUUAUUUAUAUUCUGUCCUUUUAUAAACGUCCCCCCUUAAUUUUUAAAUUCUUCCAUCCCUAAAUUGUACAAGAGAUGUAAUAUACAAAUUUUUUUUUCUGUAUUGGACACAACGAAAACAUCAAUUUUAAUUAAAAAAAUAAUAGAAACACAGAAGAAAAUUAAUGGUAUGUUAUAACUCUUACCCUUCACAAAACUAGUAAGUGAUGUUUUUUGGGUAACGAAAAAUGUAUAGCAAGUCUGAUUAAAAUGUAAGGCUGAAAUAAUAAUAAGUUAUUGAAUUGUGUAAAUAAAUAUGUACCAAAUUUCAAGGUAUUUUUAAAUGAAUGAAAUGAUAGGAUGUACUAAUAUUUUGUGCAGGUAUCUGUUUUAAUCUUGUAGACCAAAAUGCAACAAAAUUACUAGAUACAUAUAUUAACUCAAAUUACAUUAUAUAUAAUUUUAGUUUCUGGUAAUACACUUAAGAAAUUUUAAAUCUUUGAUAACGUUUUUUUUUGAAUAUAUCUAGUGCGAUUUUUAACAAAAGUGUGCCGCUUUAUACUAUGGUACUUGUUUUGGUGAUAUUCUAUUUUAAUUGUAAUACAUUAUUGGUCUAAAAAAUUUUGUUUUAUUUUGGUCUAAAAGGUCAUUCUUGGUGUAAAAAUAAAUGUUACAUUCCCGAAUGCAGUUUCAAAGAACAGAAGAAUAAAGCCUCGCUACUACUUUGUUACUUGUUAACUUGUUAUAUUUAACUAUAUUCGCAUUAUAAAACCAUAACCACUUUUUUAGAAUUUUAGAUGAAAAUAUUGUGUAAAGACUGUUGCAAGAGGCAGAAA